UUCUGAGCAGGCGCUUAGUUAUUGGCUAGCUUCGCGCCUGCGCCAUUCUGCACUCUUUGAGUCAUGCCUGGCUGGUCUCCGCGCUCUGUGUGGUGUGUAGGGAGGCGGACCCCUGGGGCCCUAAUGUUUUCGGGAUAGUGCAGAUAAACGCAACUGUAUUCUACUGGACUCGGGUUGCAAGGGACGUUCCCGGCUGGACCUUGACUUAUCUGUUCUGGAGAUUGCCCGGUUCUGGGACCCUUUCCCGCCCAGAUAGCCCACGUUGAGGUAAAACCAUGGGGGUGAAAGCGCAUCGUACCCGUUGUUUUUUUGACAUAGCCGUUAACAAUGUGGCCGCUGGGAGAGUUGUCUUUGAACUGUUUUCAGACGUUUGCCCGAAAACUUGUGAAAACUUUCGCUCCCUCUGCACAGGUGAAAGGGGAAUUGGGAAGAGCACACAAAAGCCAUUGCAUUACAAAAACUGCUUGUUUCAUAGAGUUGUAAAGGAUUUUAUGAUCCAGGGAGGAGACUUCAGUGAAGGAAAUGGAAGAGGUGGAGAAUCUAUUUAUGGAGGGUUCUUUGAAGAUGAAAACUUCUCCGUUCAGCACAACAAAGAAUUCCUACUCUCAAUGGCCAACAGAGGAAAGGACACAAAUGGGUCACAAUUUUUUAUAACAACUAAACCUACUCCUCACUUGGACGGGCUUCAUGUUGUUUUUGGGCAAGUCAUUUCUGGACAAGAUGUAGUGAGGGAGAUUGAGAAUCAAAAAAUAGAUGCAUCCAGCAGACCAAGUAUAGAUAUUAGCAUACAGAAUUGUGGAGAGCUUGUCCAGAAAUCUAAAGCCAAGAAAGAAAAGAAAAGGCAUAAGUCCUCCUCAUCCAGUGACUCUGAAGACUCCAGCGAUUCAUCAUCCGACUCCACUGAUUCCAAUAGUGAGGGCGAGGAGAAAUCGAAAAAAAAGAAAAGGAAACACAAGAAAAAUUCCAAGAAACAGAAAAAGGAGAAAAGGAAGAGUAAAAAAACAAAGAAAGGUUCUGAUGAAGAAGAAAAUGAAGACCAGGAACUCCAGGUGACCUCUACAGUCCGUCCAGAAGAAAUCCCAACAAUACCUGAAAACAAGUUUCUAAUGAGAAAAAGCCCUCAAGGAGCAGAUGAGAAAGAAAGCCAAAGGAAUGACAGGGAAAGGGAGCGUGAAAGCAAUAUGCAAGCAUCCCUUUACCAGAGGAGGUUAUUGGUAACCAGAUCUGGAAGAAAAAUCAAGGGAAGGGGACCUAGACGUUACCGCACUCCUUCCAGAUCUAGGUCAAGAGAUCGCUUCAGGAGAAGUGAGACACCUCCACAUUGGAGGCAGGAAAUGCAAAGAACGCAGAGAAUGAGAUAUUCGAGUGGCGAACGCUGGAUCAAAGGAGACAAGAGUGAAAUGAAUGAUAAGGACAAUGAAAAAAGCCCAUUGAGGGGAAGGGAGCGGAAGUCAUCUGAUCAGAGGCCAGUAUCAGAAAGCCCCAGCAAAAGAGGGGAUUGGGAAAAACAAAAAGAUCUAUCAGCCAGCAAGGAGAGAGAAUUGAAGAAGGAUACUGAGAAGGAUGAAAGACCAAAUAAAAACCGAAGCAGCAGAAGGACAAGGUCUGAAAGGCGAAGUGAAAGUAAAGAAAAUGCAAAAAGUAAUAAAGAUUCCAAACAAAGCAAACAUGAUGCGAAAGCUAGAUCAAAGAGCAAAGAACGAGUGCAUGAAAAAGAAAAGGAAAAGAUCUCUAGUGAUAAAGCGAAAGAAACGGAGAACAAAAGCAAAGAAAGGUUGAAACUCUCUUCAUCAAAAAAUGAGAGGGCAAAAAGCAAGGAGAAAGAGAAAACCAGAGAGAGGCAAGGAAAAUCAAGGAGUAAGGAACGGGAGUCUACUAGAAUUAAGCAUGGCUCCAGCAGCAGAGCUAAAGAGCGGAGCAAAAGCAGAGAGAACAGCCGAAGAGCAAGGUCCAGAAGCAGAGACAAUACUCGUACCAGAAGUCGAGAUCAUGCUAAAAGCAAAGAUAGGGAAAGCAGAAGGAGAGGUAGGUCCAGAAGCAGAGACAGAAAAGGAACUCCAGAUAAGUCCAAGAAUAAAGAAAGCAAGAGCAGGGGUGACUCGAAAGAUUCCAACAGAGAAGCGAGUCAAAGCAAGAAUAAAGAUUCCCUUCGAAAAGGUGAAAGCAAACCUUCUCAUAAAUCUAGUGAGCAUAAAAGAAGGCAUUCUAAGAGCAGCAGCCCAGAGAACAAACAUUCAAAAAAAGGCAGGGAUCGUGGUAGAAGUCCAGACUCCACAAACAUGCACAGCAAAGAUCGAGAAGAGCGAUCUUCUACCCAUAAAAACAAGGAUAAAGAUAAGACAAGGAAAUCUUCCCACGAUGACAAGGAAUUGAGGAAAAAAUCAAGGAGCCGUGAUAGGGAUUUGUCCAAUACGAAAGAUAAGAAAAACAAUCAUUCGAGUCCUGCGAGUGUUGAAAAAUGAAGUGUAAAUAAUAUUUUGGCUCCAUUCUCUGUUUAUUUUUUAGAAGCUGUACGUACACUGAGGGACAUUUUUGUUUUCUUUUGUGUUAUGUCAUGCUGGACUUUACUUUCACCCUUUUGAUAAGACUCAAUCUGGAACGUUUGUAUUGCAGAUGUUUUAAUAAACUUUCAAUGAAAAAGAAAUCAAGGUGUAAUACUUUCACAUUUAAUGGCAGCUCUCUCACCAAUUUCCCAAAUACCAUUUCCAGACUUUUUUUUUAGUAUUGAAGCAUAAUUUUUUUUUUUUUUUUUAAACCCUGAAUCUCUGUAUUGUAAAAUGGUUUAGACAUUCUUGCUUAAAAUUCAUUUUGGCAAAAUAAAUCAGUAUGGGAUGGCGUGUUUAUACUUGCAGUGAUAUUUUUUUUUAAUUUUUUUUCUUUGAGCAUCUUAGAAAUCUGCUGCACAAUUCAUUGCCUGUAUAUAAUCGGCUAUGUUGGACUGACAGAAUUUCUAUAUUUUCGGAUAAGAAUUUAUUGAUGGUUUGUGUCUAAAAUGUUUCUGCUUUUAUGAUUUGCAUUAGCCUGGGUUCUUUGUAUUGUAAAAUGUGCUAUUUGCUCUGUCUCUUUACCCAAUUCAUAUUGUAUGGCCAGGGCCACCGACUGUCUCUUAAAAUAAAUGGUCCUGCAGA